GGUCCUUUUUGUCCCCUACUGCGAGCCGUGUCGGUUCCCGUACGGAAGUGGUGGCCGUGAGGAAAGAACAUGGCGGCUACUGCACCAGGUGCAGCGGCUAAUCGGGCCAACAAGCGCAGCGGCCCUGGGCCGGGAGGCGGCGGAGGCGGCGGUGGGGGAGCCAAAGGGACGGAGGAGGAACCGCCGCCGCCCCUGCAAGCAGUUCUGGUGGCAGAUAGCUUCAAUCGCCGCUUCUUCCCCAUCUCCAAGGACCAGCCUCGGGUACUCUUGCCCCUGGCCAAUGUAGCACUACUUGACUACACUCUGGAAUUUCUGACUGCCACAGGUGUACAGGAAACCUUUGUCUUUUGUUGCUGGAAGGCUGCUCAAAUCAAGGAACAUUUACUGAAAUCCAAGUGGUGCCGCCCUACAUCCCUCAAUGUGGUUCGAAUAAUUACAUCAGAAUUAUAUCGAUCACUGGGGGAUGUUCUCCGUGAUGUUGAUGCCAAGGCCUUGGUGCGCUCUGACUUCCUUCUGGUAUAUGGGGAUGUCGUCUCAAACAUCAAUAUUACCAGAGCCCUGGAAGAACACAGAUUGAGGCGGAAGCUAGAAAAAAAUGUAUCUGUGAUGACAAUGAUCUUCAAAGAGUCAUCCCCUAGCCACCCAACUCGUUGCCAUGAGGACAAUGUGGUAGUGGCUGUGGAUAGUGCCACAAACCGGGUUCUCCAUUUCCAGAAGACCCAAGGCCUUCGACGGUUUUCUUUUCCUCUGAGUUUGUUCCAGGGCAAUGGAGAUGGAGUAGAGAUUCGCUAUGAUUUACUGGACUGUCACAUCAGCAUCUGCUCUCCUCAGGUGGCUCAACUCUUUACAGACAACUUUGACUACCAAACUCGAGAUGACUUUGUACGAGGCCUGUUAGUGAAUGAGGAGAUCCUAGGAAACCAGAUCCACAUGCACGUGACAACUAGGGAAUAUGGUGCCCGGGUCUCCAACCUGCACAUGUAUGCAGCAGUCUGCGCUGAUGUCAUCCGCCGAUGGGUCUACCCUCUCACCCCAGAGGCAAACUUCACUGACAACACAACCCAGAGCUGCACUCAUUCCCGGCAUAACAUUUACCGAGGGCCUGAGGUCAGCCUGGGCCAUGGCAGCAUCCUAGAGGAAAAUGUGCUUCUGGGUUCUGGCACUGUCAUUGGCAGCAAUUGCUUUAUCACCAACAGUGUCAUUGGCCCUGGCUGCCACAUUGGUGAUAACGUGGUGCUGGACCAGGCAUACCUGUGGCGGGGUGUCCAAGUGGCUGCUGGAGCACAGAUCCAUCAGUCUCUGCUCUGUGACAAUGCUGAAGUCAAGGAACAAGUUACGCUGAAGCCACACUGUGUUCUCACUUCCCAGGUGGUAGUGGGCCCAGACAUCACGCUGCCUGAGGGCUCGGUGAUCUCUUUACACCCUCCAGAUGCAGAGGAAGAUGAGGACGAUGGUCAGUUCAGUGACGAUUCUGGGGCUAACCAAGAAAAGGAGAAAGUGAAACUAAAAGGUUACAAUCCAGCAGAAGUCGGAGUUGCUGGCCAGGGCUACCUCUGGAAAGCUGCAGACAUAAAUGUGGAGGAGGAAGAGGGACUACGGCAGAAUUUGUGGGGACUCAAAAUCAACGUGGAAGAAGAGAGUGAAACUGAAAGCGAGCAGAGUAUGGAUUCCGAGGAGCUAGAUAGCCGAGCGGGCUCCCCACAGUUGGAUGACAUCAAAGUGUUCCAGAAUGAAGUCCUAGGAACACUACAGCGGGGCAAGGAAGAGAACAUUUCUUGUGACAAUCUUGUCCUAGAGAUCAACUCUCUCAAGUAUGCCUACAACAUAAGCCUAAAAGAGGUGAUGCAGGUACUGAGCCAUGUGGUCCUCGAGUUCCCCCUACAGCAAACGGAUUCCCCGCUGGACCCAAACCGUUACUGUUCCCUGCUGCUUCCUCUGCUCAAGUCCUGGAGUCCUGUUUUUAGAAACUACAUAAAGCGUGCAGCUGAUCAUUUGGAAGCAUUGGCAGCCAUUGAGGACUUCUUCCUGGAGCAUGAAGCUCUUAGUACUUCCAUGGCCAAGGUACUCAUGGCUUUCUACCAGCUAGAGAUCCUGGCUGAGGAAGCAAUCCUGAGCUGGUUCAGCCAAAAGGAUAUGACUGACAAGGGCCGACAGUUGCGCAAGAACCAACAGCUGCAGAGGUUCAUCCAGUGGCUAAAAGAGGCAGAAGAGGAGUCAUCUGAAGAUGACUGAAGUUGCACUGCCUGCUUCUGUGGGUGUGGUUGAUGGCUCUCCUGGCUUCUGGGCCAGAGCAAAUGAGAAGCUAGUUGCCGAAGGAUGAGUGACCGCCAUCCAAGCUGAGACUUAAAGGAGUAGAGGCCGGAACUACAGUAUUCUUCCCACCGCCAGCAACCAUGUGCUUCCCAUCCUGACCAAGGAGUUGGGAAAAGGGAAGUUGGGCUGCAACAAAAUUCUGCCUAAAGAGGAGCAAGGCAGGCCCUGCAGUUAGAGGAAGCCCAGAGGAACGGUUUUGUGCUCUGGCUUUCCCUCAGGGAACAGCAGAGAGCAGCUGGCCCUUUCUGCUGCUUGUAUUUGUUAAUAUUAAAAAAGAGAGAGAGGGAUGUA